GCAGGUGAGUGUGGAGACAUGCCACUUUAAACACAUUUAAACUCUUUAUUUACAUUUACAGAGUUACGCACGUCCCUUUGUCUCCAUUCUGUCCUCCAGCACUAGGACUGUGGACACCCCCGGGGAGACAUUGAAACACAGCUGUGUGUCCACCAGGGGACGCUCUGAGCCGCAGAUAUGGCGAAGCGUGCGGAGGACAUGGCGGAGGACACGGAGGACUGAGGCCGCUGUCCCCCGUGUGUUCCGCGGUGACAGGAGCCUGUUCCGCGGUGACAGCAGCGUGUGCGCGACCCGAGAGAAGCCCAAGAGGAGCCCGAGGACCCGAGCUGCCCGAGUGUCAAGAUGAGGCAGAGUGGAUCAUGCAGCUCAGUGGGCGGUUCUUGAGGAUGUACCGGCUCUGCGGCGGAGGGGGUGUUGCCGGGGGCGGGCCUAAACCACAGAUGGGCGUGCCUUUCCCUCAUUGCCCGCCCUCAGCGUUAUAUCAUCAGCUCGGCCAUGCCCCCGUGCACAGAGCCCCGCCCCAGACCCGGAAGAAGACUUGGAGCUUCAUCCAAGACCUGAGUUACGACACGUUCUUCACCAUGAAGAGGCUGCUGGAGCGCUCGCAGCGUCCAGACGAGGUUCUGCGGUGGAUUUCUCAAAAUCCGUCCAAAGUUUCUCAGAGUCACUUGGCAGUGGCGCUGCAGAGGAUUGCUCAGCUGCUGCCAGCCCCACCCCCUGCUGUGGAGGCCCCGCCCUCCUGCGCAGAAACCACGCCCACUGCUUCAGAGGCCCCUCCCCCUGUCUCAGAGGGGGGUGGGGCGAAGGGCAGGAAGCAGACACUGGAGCACCAGGACUUCCUGUCUCUGUGCGACACCAUCGUCCGAGAUUGCGGCAAAUUUGACAACUUCAGCCUGGUUACCUCCCUGUAUGCCGCUGCUACUUUAGGUCUGAGUCCAGACUCGUCCCUGGUUAUGGCUCUGGAGUCUGAGUGUGAGCGUCGUGUGUCUCAGUUUAAUCAGAAGGACCUGUCCAUGGUGUUCAGCUCCGUUAUGAGACUGCACCACCGGCCCCACCCUCACCUGCAGCAAGCUCACUUGUCACAACCACACCCGCCACCGCACCUGCCAUUGGACCCACAACAGCAAUCAGCACAGCACCCAUCAGAGCCCCAGACAGAGGCAUGUGCAGCUGCGGAGCAGGGCCCCGAGGCUCCUCCCCCAGUCCAGCGCGAGGCUCCUCCUCCUGGGGUGGCGCUCACAGAGGCCUGUCUCUCCGGUCUGGAGCGGAGCCUGGAGCGAGAGCGCCACCCACAGACACUCUUCCUGCUGCUUGCCUACUACAGGGGGCGCUGGAGAGAGCUACACAGCCAGUCAGAGCACAGCAACAAGGACACAUCAACAGCGGGAGCCAAUCCAGAACUAUUGCUCACAAACAGGAAGAUCCUGCGCGUGGUGAAGCACACUCUGUCAUGUGUGAGUACGGUGCGUGACCAGGAGAUGGCGCUGUUGGAUGAGAUGUUGGCGGCGUGCGCAGCCGAAGCGAGUAACCGGAGUCUGGAGCUUAUCUUCAGCUCGCACUUGUUCCACCAGAGCCGACAGGAGCGCUUCAUCACCCGCCUUGCAGAGGAGUUGCCGAAAAAGGCAGACAGCUUGAGCCCCAACACGAUGGCGCUGAUCGCCAAAUACGCCGCACGGCACCGCCUGAGAGAGACGCGCCUCCUCGACACAGUCGCUGAGUACCUGCUGAAGAGGGCGGAGCAACUGGACACUAAGGUGAUCCAGAGGCUGGUGUUCCCAUUGAGUCGGAUGAACUAUCGCCCUCAGAAUGCUCUGGAGCUGUUCGAGCGUUUGGAGCAGGUCCUGGAGCCUAAAGCCUUGAGCUCUCCUCUGGCCACAGUCAACAUCUUGAUGUCUCUGCUCCAACUGCGCUACUGCCCCCCGAGCCUGCUGCGGGAGGUCUUCUGCCCCGGAUUUAUCCACAGCCUCACAAACAGUCCGUACCUGGGCAUCGUCCGCAGGUACCUGUCUCUUCUAGACUCUGCAGUAGACCUGGAGUUUGAGGAAUAUUCAGGACCUCGUCUCAAUCCUGCCCACAAAGUCCUGAUGUUUGACCAUGCCUUGACCGCAGACGAGGUCAACCGUAAGUACAGUUAUAAAGGACUCGUGGCGGAGGCUCUGCGGCAGCUCAUCGGAGAACAAAGCUACAAACAAGACCAGAUCCUUCCUCCAGGGUACUACACAGACUUCCUACUGUGGAUUGAUUCCUCUCGACGUGUUGUUCCGAUUCGCUCAGUCAAACCAUGUGACCCUUCUGCUUGGCAACUCGACUCGUCAGGACUCAUUCCUGAUUUCCAGAAGUUCUCACUGGAGGCGGAGCCAUCGGAGGAUGCACUUCCAGUUGUGGGCGGGACUUGUCUGCAUCACAUGACCCCAUUUUACAGUGCAGACUACUACCCCGCCCCCAGCAAGGACCAGGAAAUCCACAGGGUGGUGCUGUCGGUGAAUGAUAAGUGGCAUUAUUGCCAUAACUCUCAGGUUCUGGUUGGGUCCAGAGCCAUGAGGGACCGGCACCUGCGUCUGCUUGGAUACCUCCUCCUGCAGCUGCCUUACCACGAGCUCGAGAAACUCAACGGCAUUGAAGAGGUUAAAGGUUACCUACAGCAGAAACUCACUGACUUGCCCCUGACAGGACCCCACCUGCCUCUGUGACAGGACCAUGGAACAGUACUUAACAGUAAAAACAUUUGAAUGUGUCGACAUGGCUCCUGAUUGGCUGUGGUUCUGCAGCUGAGCUCUCAUUGGACACUGAGUGUUUUUACAGUGCGGUGGGAGCGGGAGCGCAUGGGAAAUGUCAUUAUUUAUUCAGAGUUUGUUUCUAUUGAAUAAAUCUGUAAAGUUUAAACAGGACAGCGCCCCCUGUCUUUCUGCUCAGUGCUGUCCCUGUGGGGUUUUCUCUGAGUUCAGACCAGUUUUCUGGGUGUGGCCUAGGAUACACUAAACUGUUUGGCUCUAUACGUAAAUACUGGACGUUUUUUAGCCAUCUUUAGUCUGUGCAGCUGACCACGACAAGUUUGGAAGCACAAACUGUCUGAACCUGUGCUCUUUCAGACACGAAACUGCCCUAGGACGCUGUGCUGGUGUCAGUGGUACAAAUACAACCAAUGUUUUUAAAUGAGACACGCCCAUAUCCCCUACGCUCACGUCAAGCGUCAUUCUUUAUACAAGAUACAUGAUUAGUAAGGUAUUAUUUAGUUUAGUCCCAGUUUAACAUAAAUGCAUCUCUGCUGUUGGAGAUUUUAACAUCUUUAUUAUAAAUGUUUCCUUUAAUAAAACAUGAGCAGGACGCCGCUCCUGUUGCUCCUG